UUUUGUCAACUUUAACGCAAAAUCAAUAGCCUGGUUCCCUGUGGAACUGAACUAGAACCGUUGUUCUGAACCACCAUGUUUCCGUGAAAUAAACAAAAAACGAGAAUUUUACUGCAAAAAAUGAAGCAAUUAACGAUAAAGUGCUGUCGUUUUUGAUCCACAAUUACGAGUGAAUAUAUUUAAAGCGGGUGCCAACAUGGAGAGGUUUGCAUUUAAGAUCGAUGCAGCGCUCAGAGCGAAUCUGUACAAGAUCUGCCGUCUCUGCGGCAUCGAUAAUCCAGGCAAGGUGGAAAUUCUGCCGCCCAAUGAGGCCAAUAUUAUAGACCUGGACGAUCCAAGUUUAUCCCAAAAGGUGUUCGAGCUGGUUGGCUUUACGGUGACACUCGACGACAAAAUGCCGCAGACAAUGUGCAGCCUUUGCGUGGAUAAAAUCAAUGAUUUUUACGAGUUUAGGGAAAUGUGCUAUGCCACGAACAAGCAGACGCGCAACCUGCUGGGCCUCAAGCAGCUGGAGCCCCUCAAGCUCGUGGGCAGCCAGCCCAUGGUAAAGGCAGAACCGCAGGCGACGACUGGGAAGCGCGGACGAAAACGCAAGACGGACGAGAGCUUUUUGAAAGCCAAGAUCCCCGAAAUGCCAGAGGUAAAAAAGGAGCCCAUGGCCUGGCGCAAGAAGCAGCGACUGCAGCAGACGCAGACUCUGCAGCAACAGCAGCAGCAGCUGCUGGUAACCAAAACGGAGCCAGAAAUCAAGGACGAGCCCAUGGAUCCGGAAAACCGUCUCCGGCUGCCAGGGAAAAAGGGCCGCAAGGCGAUAUGCAGUGUCUGUGGCGAAAAGUUCGCCAGCAAGGAUCUGGCCGAUGAGCAUAAAAGCGUGGUGCAUGUACCCUCAAUACCGCGCUACAUUUGCAACGCCUGCAAUCAGACGCAUCACAACCCGAGCGACAUUCGGGCCCAUCAGCUCUGGCACAAAUUGUCCAAGACGCCCUACAAGUGUCCGCUGUGCGACUCGAAUGUGGCCAACAACUACGCCUUUACCCGCCACCUGCGAGAGCACACGCCACAGACACCCGUUCAGCUGCUCGUCCUCGACCGGGAGUGUCCACUGUGCAAGAAAACGUUCAUCACAAACUUCUUCUACAACACCCAUCGCUGUGCCAUACGCAAGCGCAAGUGUGGCGGCUGCAACCGGACCCUCAACACGGAGGUGGCCUUCAUGCGGCAUGCCCCCGUCUGCGCAAAGAUCUACCUUAAUCACUCGAAGCACAUUUUGCCCGAGGCAGCCAACACCGAAUCACUGAUGUGCAUUAAGAACGAGGUGGAGGAGGUGGAUACGCCCAGCUCUGGUGCGCCUGCCUCUGCUAUACCGCCGGACUUUGUGCUGAACGAGGACAUGCAGCCGGUUGUGGUGAUCGAGCGCCUGGCCUCUCCCCUGCUGCGAGCCUCGGCAGAGCCGCAAAAUAUGCUGGGAGCCAGCAAGAGCAAAAAUAGCGACAGAGUUUCCUCAAAGAAUUAUUUGAAGCGCGUCGACCAGCUGCUGAAGAACACAAUGAGCACGUUGGUCAGCAUCAAGCACGAGCCAGAGGUGCACAUAAAUGACACGAUGCCGGCAGCCACAGUGCAGCCGGAAAGUGAACCGGAGGAGCAAGAACCGCCCAGCUUCAGCGAUUUCCAUGCAGCCAACGAUGACAGCGAUGAGGAGGAGGCGGAUGCUGCGGAACCUGAUACAAUGGCUGCCAGCAUAGACGACAAUGUGCCCAGUGUAUCGGUGAAGCAGGAGCCUCGCGAUGAGGCCUACGAAAAGCAGUCGCCAGCUAAACAGGAGCCGCUGAAGCUUAAGCUGAAAAUCACCAACAAUCAUGGCAAGCUGAACUCCUCGCUGAUAGAUGACCUCGACGAGGCGGGGCAGAGCAAGAGCAGCAAGAAGAAAAAGAAGCGCAAGCACAAGGAGCGGGAAAAGGAAGCCCAGAGCCAACCAAAGCCUCAGGAUCCCACAAUUGUUACCGUCAAACAGGAGCGCAUAGACACCGAUGAUGUGCCCGACGCCAAUCAGACGACAGAUUUCCAGCCACAGGCCACUGUGAUGACUAGCAUUCCGAUGUCCCAUCUGGAGAGCAGCUUCAACGCCGACGACACAACGGAGCAGGACGAGGCAAUGCCGCAGUGCCCGGAGUCCGAGGAAGAUGUUAAACCCAAUCGCAUGGAACUCGAUCGCCUCAUGCAAAUCACGCAUGUCGCCAGCGGUGUGGACAUUGCCGAGGAAGCCAUGCCCAUGCCCCUGGACAAGGCCGUUGAAGCUACGCCCGAUGAGGCAAUGCCCUCCGAUAAGAGAUUAAAGUCGCCGCCCAAGGCAAAAGCUGCCAAGCCAACUGCCCGUAAGAGUACUGGGGGGGCCACGCUCAGGCCGCCUCCAGCCGAAGAGUCACCUCGGCAGACGACAGCCUUGCUGCAGAUUGUGGCCGUGGAAAGUGGAGAGGCCGUAUCCUUCAACAUGCCACCCGAUGUUCGCAUCAAGCCAGAGCCUCGUAAUCGCGGCUAUGAUGACGACGAGCACGAGGACGAGCACACGCAGGAGAUCAAUCACAAUGAGAAGAUCGACGAGGAGAAUGCCUACAUAAACAGCCUAGACUUCAACAACAUGACCGUGAAGCAGGAGAAGGACCUGGACAUUUCCGAUCCGACUGCAAAUGACUCCCAGCCGGAGGCCAUGCACCUGAGCCACAACGGCUUGGAGAGGGCCAGCGAGAGCGAGGACUCCGACGGCGAGGACAGUGCUUCUUCGGCCGAUGAAGCCGAGGAAGCUAUGGAGGAGGAGGAGGAGGGCGAGCGUAUUUAUCGCGAGAUUGAAUUGCCGUUACUAGAGCCUGAAAUCGAAGGAGAAGCAGCCGCACAGCGGAGCGAAAAUAAAUCGGAAGAGUCCAUGCAGGUGCAGGAGUCACAGUCGGAGAAUCUGGAGCUAAGGAGGCCAAUGGAAACUCAAGAGAUAGUUGGCGGGGUAGAACUGCCAGCUGUGGAGAUAGUGCAGCCACAGGAAACUCGCGCAGCAGAUGCACCAGAGGAGAUGCUGCAAGUAUUUGGAGAGUUAAGUUCACUGCUAGAAGAUUCCGGACUAAUUGGGGAGGUAGAUCCGCCGCAGGAAGCUCCCAAAGAUGUUGAGCAGACACAACAGCCACUGGAAACUCCAGAAUUACCUGCACAGGUUGAACCGCUACUGGAAACUCCGGAGGUGCUUGGACAGAUAGACCCUUCGCGGGAUAUUCCGCAAAUAUUAAGUGUGCAGGAGCCAGUCAGUGCUUUUAAUUUUGUAAUAACCAACAUCUGCAGCCAAGUAGCAGAGAUUCCAGAAAGCGCUCCUGCGCAAAGUCAAUUCCUCCCAAAUGCUAUCGCUCCCCCUCCGGAUUCAGAGCCGCUGGAUAAAUCGGAGGAAACUGUGCGCGAGAGCAGCGAUUGCCAAGCGGAGACCCUGCCAGAGAUUACCCUCAAUGCACCCAAAGACAAUGAAACUCAGGCCCUGCCACUCAACUUCGAGGAAAGCAACUCCAUCUGCGACGAGGAGCAGCAGAAUGUGCUCAACCAUCAUCUGCUCUCCGAGCAGCAAGCACCACUCGAUGGGAAUGUGGAGCUGUCAGCCGAAGCUGAGGAGAAGAUUUCGGCACCAGGGGAACAGGAACUGCGGGCACAACUCGUGGAGGCGGAGGGGGAGCUCCCUGGGCCGUCGGCGAGGCCAAACGAAGAGACUGAGAAUCGCAUCAAUGAGCAGCAGCAGGAGAUGGAUCUGGAGGGCCAACGGCAGCCGCGCUGCCAGCUGGAUGAUGACUCGAACAUCAACGAAAUUGCCGAGAACAACAAUAAUGCCAACAUUGAGCGCGAACUGCAGGACGAUGCGCAUGUGCCUCAGGGAAACGUUAGUCCUUAGAACAUUACAUAUAUGGAAUUGGAUGCUCUCAAGCCAUCACACCAUCUUGUUGCACUCCCAAGAAGCUGUACAUAUUAACAAUAUCCCACUGGAGGAGGAGGCCGAAUGUGGCAAGGGAAACCAUUUAUACACACACAUACAUAUACUAGUUUGUAGUCUAUCGAACGGGCUAAUCCACUUUAUAAGCAUAAUUAUUAUUAUGACGUUAGCUUUAAGUUAGAGAUACAACAAUUAAUUAUAUAAAUUAUUGGCUUGCAUACAUGUAACAGUAGUAGAUUUGUAUUUUGAUACAAUACAUAAAUUGCACGAAAAUUCACGAUUAGUUCUGAUUUAUACGGAGGAUCCCUUUUGAAAAUUUGACAAAUUUUAUUAUACCCACAAAUUGUAUUGAUAAAUAAUUGAAACUGGUGAAUCCUCUUCCUAUUGGAGCCCCCCAAAAUACAGUUGAUUUUAUAUGUAUAUGUUUAUGUCUUACAUAUUUUCUAUUUAUGAAUAAAAGUGUACAUGUUCGCUUCUUCUAAAACAUAUACACCAAAUGCAUGCUGCAUCAAUUCUAAGGAUUCCAGUAUUUGACAAUCUUUGCAGCAAAGCUACUGGACCCUAGAUGUCAUUUUGAUUUUACAACAUUUUUUUUCCAUCACAUUUGGCUUGGAAACACAAUUCAGCUCUUUGUGCUCGCUUUGUAUAUAACAUUCAGUUCUACACUAGGAGUUGUACAGACAACAUCUCAACGCUCAACAUCUCUCGUUAAUCCCUACCCUCAAUAUAUAUCACAAUUAGCACGAUGAAGCGAAUGAUGUCUGGGAUUUGGAAUGGUGUCCACGCCUUAAUUGCUAAAGUGAGUAGUGGAGUGAUCUGUGUGGAAAAUGAGACAGUCGAAGAAGUUCCUAUUCCGGAAGAAAAUCAAUCAGUCGAAGAAGUUCCUUUUCCGGAAGAAACUCAAAUCCCUACUCUGAUUCCAGACAAGAAUUCAAACCCCGAGGGAGUGAUCGCUGAUGGGGAAAAGCCCGGGGACAAUAUCGUUAAUGGAGAAAAUCCCGAGGACAAUAGCGAGGAUGUGGAGAUUCUGGAUACGGAGAAGCCAAUCGCAAACGAACAAGUGAACUCAAUAGACGAAACAUGUCUCUCAAUCGUACAUUAUCCAGCUCCACCGCUUAACAAUACGACGCAGGCGCCUAUUAGAAAACAGGGAAAAAAAAGAAAAUGGGAGCCAAGUUUGAUCGAGAGCCCGUCAAAAAGAACCAAGAUGUAAAUCGAAAGGGCAGGACAGAAACAGUAGUAUCCAAGAGGAGGAGCACUUCCCCUUGCUCGUGGCAGUGGAAGACCUAUCCUACCGAAGGGAUCAAUCACAAUGGAGGGAUCGAUUACAAGAGCAAAAUAAGUUUAUAAAAUGAAUUUUCUCUGUUAGAUGUACACAACUUUAUUACAUAAAUUAUUGGCUUAUAUUUUAGUA